CUUGAUUGGAUUUAGUGGAACAUGAUGCGAAAGUUUGAUAAUAAAUGGACGAAUGCGUUAAUGAUAUAGAGGCAGGCUUCUUUGGUGUUUAUCUUCUGUACUGUCUAAAUCCUCGCUACAAGGGACGCUCUUAUAUCGGAUUUACUGUUGAUCCUAAUCGUAGGAUCAAACAGCAUAAUGGAGGGGUGCAGAAAGGAGGUGCUUCCAAAACUAGUGGCCGAGGCCCAUGGGAGAUGAUUUUGAUUAUACAUGGGUUCCCUAGUGAUAUUAUUGCCUUACAGUUUGAGUGGGCUUGGCAAAAUCCAGGAAAAUCCAGACGUCUUCGCCAUAUCUCUAACAAAAAGACUAAAGAAAAAGAUAUUGAAUUUCGCUUUAGAGUUCUCUCAGAGAUGCUUAACGUUGGUCCUUGGAAUCGACUUCCUCUUACAAUAAGAUGGUUGAAGCAAGAGUACAAAAUGGAGUUUGAAAAGCAACCACCCACUCAUAUGCCUAUAGCAUAUGGUCCUCUAAAUAAAAGAAAACCUGAGAAAAGCAAGAAGGGAGCUAAAGAGGAAUUAAAAGAUGUCAGUAUUUCCCACUUUACUUGCGUGGUUUGCUCUGAAAAGAUCAAGGAUGCAGAUGACUGCCUUUCGUGUAUUUCAGAGAGCUGUCCAAUGAAAGCUCAUCUCAUCUGUUUGGCUAAAAGGUUCCUUAUCGAAAGUGAGGACAAUUCAUAUCUGGUCCCUAUAGAGGGAGAUUGCCCAAUUUGUUAUCACACAUUUCUAUGGCGAGAUUUACUCAAAAAUGGCAAUGGCACGGAACAAACUUCAGAUUCAAAUGCAAAUAGCCCUCACUGGGCAGAGGCACUUCAAAGUCAAGAGGACAUUCGAUAAGCAAAAUUUCUAACUAUUCAAAAAUGGCGAGAUUUACUCAAAAAUGGCAAUGGCAUGGAACAAACUUCAGAUUCAAAUGCAAAUAGCCCUCACCGGGCAGAGGCACUUCAAAGUCAAGAGGACA